AUGAGGGUUGUGAGCAUGUUGACAAUGGCUCGUGCGGCGUGGCUGGUGCUGCGGUACACGGUGGUGGUGCCCCUGCUGCAGCUGGCCAUCUACCUCUGCGCCGCCAUGUCCCUCAUGCUCUUUGCCGAACGCCUCUACAUGGGCCUCGUUGUGACCGUGCUCUGGCUCAACCGCCGAUACCGUAACCGUAACCAAAGGAACAAGGGCGACGACAACAAUCUGGAGAGCGAUGACGCAGACCGACCCAUGGUCCUGGUCCAGAUCCCCAUGUUCAACGAGAAGCAGGUGUACCGUGUUUCCAUCGGCGCGGCUUGCGGCCUGUGGUGGCCGGCCGACAAGCUGGUGAUCCAGGUGCUGGACGACUCCACGGACGCCGGCAUCCGGUCCCUGGUGGAGGCCGAGUGCCGACGGUGGGCAGGCAAGGGGGUGCACAUCCGGUACGAGAACCGCAGCAACCGGAGCGGCUACAAGGCGGGCGCCCUGCGGGAGGGCCUGAAGAAGCAGUACGUAAAAGAGUGCGAGUUCGUGGCCGUCUUGGACGCUGACUUCCAGCCGAACGGCGACUUCCUCCGGCACACUGUCCCCGUGCUCCAGGCGGACCCGGCCGUGGCGCUGGUGCAGGCGCGGUGGCGGUUCGUGAACGCGGACGAGUGCAUCCUCACCCGCAUGCAGGAGAUGUCGCUGGACUACCACUUUUCAGUGGAGCAGGAGGUCGGGUCGGCCUGCCAUGGCUUCUUCAGCUUCAACGGCACCGCCGGGGUGUGGCGGGUGCACGCCCUGGCCGACGCGGGGGGCUGGAAGGGCCGCACCACCGUGGAGGAUAUGGACCUGGCCGUCAGGGCGUCCAUGCGGGGCUGGAGGUUCGUCUACGCCGGCGACGUGCAGGUGCGCAGCCAGCUACCCAGCAGCUUCAAGGCGUACCGUUACCAGCAGCACCGGUGGUCGUGUGGGCCGGCAAACCUCAUGCGCAAGAUGUUCUGGGAGAUCGUCGCCAACAGGCAGGUGUCGGCGUGGAAGAAGCUCCACGUGCUCUACGCCUUCUUCUUGGUCAGGAAGGUGGUGGCGCAUCUGGUGACCUUCCUGUUGUACUGCGUCGUCAUCCCCGCCUACGUGCUCGUCGGCGGCCAGGACGUGUGGCUCCCACAGUACGUGCCCAUGUACGUGUCGGCCGUCCUCACCCUGCUCAACGCCGCGUGCACCCCGAGGUCCUGCCACCUGCUCGUCUUCUGGAUCCCCUUCGAGAACGUCAUGUCCAUGCACCGCUCCAAGGCCACCAUCAUCGGGCUCCUCGAGGCCAGCCGCGCAAACGAGUGGGUCGUCACCGAGAAGCUUGGCGGCUCCACGACCUCCACUCCUGCUGCCGCCACCACCACCAUGGCCAAGAAGAAGAAGAAGAAGAAGAGCAGCAGCAGCUUCCUGGCGCCGGAGAUCGUCAUGGGGCUCUUCCUGCUCUACUGCACUCUCUACGACAUGGUCUUCGGCCACGACCACUUGUAUGCCUACCUCCUCAUGCACUCCGCCGCCGCCUUCGUCAUCGGAUUCGGCUACGUCGGCUCCCAAUGA